AUAAAGUUAUCGCUUGCUGCUUGUGUAGUGGUAGUGUAACGUGUGUACAACAGUGAAACAUGGCGGCCCCUAAACUAGAGGAUGGUGCGAUGUGGGACGAUUCGGAGGAGUCGUUGGGCGAAGAGGUCCUCAGGAUGCCUACAGAUGAAAUAAUUGGGCGCACCAGGCUGCUCGACAAUGAGAUUAAAAUCAUGAAGAGCGAAGUGAUGCGGAUCACGCACGAGUUGCAGGCGCAGAAUGACAAAAUCAAAGACAACGCCGAGAAAAUUAAGGUUAACAAAACCCUGCCGUACUUGGUUUCUAAUGUAAUCGAGUUGUUGGAUGUUGACCCACAAGACAUGGGGGAGGAGGAUGGAUCUGUCGUUGAUCUUGAUGCUCAGAGGAAAGGAAAGUGUGCUGUUAUUAAAACAUCAACGAGACAAACUUAUUUCCUUCCUGUGAUUGGACUUGUCGACGCUGAGAAGCUGAAACCUGGCGAUUUAGUCGGCGUCAACAAGGACUCGUAUCUUAUCUUGGAGACCCUUCCAGCUGAGUACGACGCCAGGGUGAAAGCCAUGGAGGUGGACGAGAGACCAACAGAGCAGUAUUCGGACAUCGGUGGCCUGGACAAACAAAUCCAAGAGCUCAUUGAGGCUGUGGUUCUUCCCAUGACACACAAGGAGCGUUUUGAGAACUUGGGCAUCCAACCCCCCAAGGGCGUGUUGCUGUACGGCCCACCUGGCACAGGUAAAACCCUUCUGGCCAGGGCGUGUGCGGCACAGACAAAGUCCACUUUCCUCAAACUGGCCGGCCCGCAGCUGGUUCAAAUGUUCAUCGGCGAUGGCGCCAAGUUGGUGCGAGACGCAUUCGCUUUGGCCAAGGAAAAGGCGCCGGCGAUCAUUUUUAUUGAUGAGUUGGACGCCAUCGGCACCAAGAGAUUCGACUCAGAGAAGGCGGGAGAUCGUGAGGUGCAAAGGACCAUGUUGGAACUGCUCAACCAACUGGACGGCUUCAGCUCCACCACUGACAUCAAGGUCAUUGCCGCCACCAACAGAGUCGACAUUCUUGAUCCUGCGUUGCUCAGGUCUGGCCGUCUCGACAGGAAAAUCGAGUUUCCUCAUCCAAACGAAGAGGCCAGAGCUAGAAUCAUGCAGAUCCACUCGAGGAAGAUGAACGUGAGCCAGGACGUCAACUUUGAGGAGUUGUCCAGGUCAACUGACGAUUUCAACGGCGCUCAAUGCAAGGCUGUUUGUGUUGAGGCUGGUAUGAUUGCUCUGAGACGUGGUGCGACCAGCGUGACUCACGAAGAUUUCAUGGACGCAAUCAUGGAAGUGCAAGCGAAAAAGAAGGCCAACCUCAACUACUAUGCUUGAAUGGCCUCAUUUGUGUCUUUGGCUAACUUUGUCUCGAUUUCUUCUAUAUUAUUAAUUUGAGUGAAUGUCUGCCUAUUAUUAUCCUUGUGGAAGCACAUGAGUAAAAGUUUGUUAUUGAUAGAA